UUAUGAUUCCGCUACAGAUUGGAACAAGAAUCCCAACAAAAGUCGUGGGAUACUUAUACACGGUUUCACGGUAACAUCCGCUGAAGUCGUGAUUAGUGUGUGAAACUUGCCCAGCGCUGGACAUUCUCGUCGAACGAAAAUGCUGCUCGCUGUCUUGAUCGCCAAUUCUGAAGGCAAUAUUCUCGUUGAACGUUUCAAUGGAGUUCCGGCUGAGGAACGUUUGCAUUGGCGGUCUUUCUUAGUGAAGCUCGGAGCUGAUAAUCUUAAAGGUGUCAAGAAUGAGGAGCUUCUUGUUGCAUCCCACAAGUCAGUUUUUAUUGUUUACACAGUGCUUGGUGAUGUCAGUAUAUUUGUUGUGGGCAAGGAUGAGUAUGAUGAACUUGCCUUGGCAGAAGCUAUCUUUGUUAUAACCUCAGCCCUAAAGGAUGUAUGUGGGAAACCUCCAACUGAGCGCCUUUUUCUUGACAAAUACGGGAAGAUUUGCUUGUGCUUGGAUGAGAUUGUGUGGAAGGGGCUGCUGGAGAACACGGAUAAAGAGAGAAUCAAGAGACUUGUACGAUUGAAGCCACCUACGGAAUUCUGAAUGGAUAGCCACCCUCUCUCUCAAAUUUAUAAAAAUGAAACAUUUCCGUUUAGGCAGCAUUCCGUAUGUUAUGCAUGAUGAACAAACUUUAAUGUAUUGUUUCAAGUGGUCUUGUGUGUAGGCUUCUUCACUGCUCAACUCCCUUUAGUUUUUUCACCUUUAUUGAUUGUUGUCUAGUCCUUAUUUGAACCAGCACACAGGUGAAAUUUUUCAGUUAUAUUAAGAAAGAAAAGUAAUAAGGCUUAUUUUUA